AUGCCAACAGCACCGAGCAUCUCACACGAGAGACGGUGGGAGACCGGCAUCAGCGAAUCUAUAAAACCAUACGUGAACGCAUUUCGCUUCUGUACUAUCCUCCCAAUACAGUAUCGUGAAACGGAACUGGCAGGCGAAUUCAAUGUCAGCCGCACUCCAAUCCGGCGCGUUUUGCAGCGUUUGCAUUUCGAGGGUUUAGUCGAUAUACGAAAUGGCGUUGGAACCGUAGUUACGGACAUUGACCUCAAAACCAUGAAAGAGGUUUACGACCUGCGAAUGUACCUGUCGGAACUCAUUGCAGAACUGUCUCCGCGCGAAAUCACCAAAGAUCAUCUGCAAGCCAUGGAGGUGCUACUUGAGCGUACAAAAACAAUGUAUGACCAGCGCGACAGUGCCGCCUAUGGACGCCUGUGCAACGAACUGCAUGAGGUCUUGAUUUCCUUGAUUGGCAGCGUGCCGUUGCGGGAAAUCACCGACAAUCUGUACUACCGCUCAGCUCGAAUUUGGAUUACCUAUCUCCCAAACCUGAACUGGAAUGAGAUUAUUUCUGAUCAGGAGCUUGAAACUUCCGAAAUGAUCGCUGCUAUGAAACACAACGACUUGCGCGGGGUAGUGCAGGUCCGGCGCUUCUAUCUGCACUGCAUCCUGAGUCGUAUCAGCGACUAUCUCAAAAGCAGUGGCAGUUUCAGAGUGAGUACCAUUUCGCCCAAGCAUAACAGCGACAUCGACGUCAAACGCGAACGAUCCAGUUGA